UGUUACCUGUGUGCAAUGACCCGUUAAGGUAGGAUUACAUUUCACCCGCCGUGUACACGUAGAGUUAUACUUCCGGGCACACGCGUCGAAAAUGCGGGGCGCUACAAUCCAACUUCUGGUCCUCUCCUUAACCUGUGAGUGUCUAGUGUCUGCAUGGGACGAGGACCAGGACUUUGAUUCCCACUAUCUACCUGGUGUAGAGUCCGACUUUUCUCUGUCUCUAGGUACGGCAGGGCCUGAAUGUUUCUAUCAGUUCGUGGGGAAAAACGCAACACUGCAUGCUGACUUUCAGGUGCUGAGAGCCGAUGGGACCAACAAAAAGGUGUUUUUCAGCGUCUAUAAUCCGAAGAAGACGUUACUAAACUUCACGCAUGCGGAGAGCAUCGACAAGUUUGAGUACGACAUGAAGAAAGAAGACAAACCAGGCACCUUCAGCAUCUGUCUGUCCAACCCAAGUAAGCUGUUCACCAAGCUGGUGUACCUGUAUGUGGCAGUGUACCGCCUGUCAGACUGGAAGAAGUACAAACAAACACAAUUACCACAGGAGAUGGAAGAGAUAGGGCUGGGACAAAUAAUGAGUUCUCUGGAUCAUGUAGCCAACAAUGUUCGGGACAUCAAUAACAUUAACAAGAUCAUCAAGCUGCACAAACUCGUGGACUACCACACGGUGUCCGCCAGUCUGACCUAUGUGACCCGGAUGGGCAUGUGUAGCUGUCUGUUAAUAGUCGGGUCGGGACUACUGCAAGUCUACUUCGUACGGAAAUUAUUUACACCACAUUAUCUGAGAGGAACGUAAACAUGGGGUUAAAGGCACCCCAUGUGUUUUUUUUGAAAGACCAUACUUUUAUGAAUACAACAUAUGCCAAGAUUUCUCUCAAUAUCGCCCCAAGUUAAAGUUUGUCUAAUACAUAGCUGUUUAUGAUAUUAUAUGUUGCAUCUGGUUGUACUUCAUCUAUAUCUGGAGGGUACCAGUACAGUACAUAGUAUUGUUGUGCAAUAUUUUCUUCCAACACAAAUGUGCACAAGAAUCAAAUUGCCUAGUCCAAAUCCAAUGUCAAGUUGCCAAUACAAUAUAUUACUUUG